AUGGCCGACGUUGAUAUGGCUGAUGCUCCACCCUCUGAGACCAUCGUCAAGAAAAAGACUGUCUCUUCGGCUGAUGCUGGAAAGGCUGUGGAGCUCAGGAAACGAUUCGAAGUAAAAAAGUGGAACGCCGUUGCCUUGUGGGCAUGGGACAUUGUCGUUGAUAACUGCGCCAUCUGCAGAAAUCACAUCAUGGACUUAUGCAUAGAAUGUCAAGCAAAUCAGUCUUCGGCCACGAGCGAAGAAUGCACUGUUGCCUGGGGCAUUUGUAACCACGCCUUCCACUUCCACUGCAUCUCGAGGUGGCUCAAGGCACGCCAGGUGUGCCCUCUUGACAACCGCGAUUGGGAGUUCCAGAAGUAUGGUCGUUAG